AUGACGCUUGUACUUCACCCAGGCAGCAUGCUUGGCCUCGGCAGCAACCCUGCAUCGGAAGCCGAACUAGCGUUCCCAACCAACAGGGUCUCCCAGUCCGUGUCCUCCACGGCGUGUCUCAUUGACGGCCAGUCGGCCCCUCUCCCAAAGCCAGAUGGUGCGCGGGACUGCGUCUUCCCUCUCUGUGGUCAGCUCAGCCCGAGCCACAACAACGUCGGCUCGAUGGCGCAGGACAAAAUUGUGGGUGAGGUCGCCAACAUUUGUGCGCAAUCCCCUGACAUUGGCCGACACGACGGUGAGAUGCUGGGUGAGACGCCCAUGCCCUCGCCGCCUCGCGUUGGCUUGGCAGGGAGGUGUGGUGGAUGUCGCGUGGGACUCCCUGAUGUGCAGGAAGACAAGAAGAGCGCAGGUGAGUUCCUCUCCCUUACCCCAGCACUUACUGAGGGACGGGUUCAAGGCACCUCCCUGGAGUUCUGGCGACGCAGACCCGACCUUGCAGGGGAGAUCGAGCGCCUGCAGACUGGUGGCAGCGGCGGCGGCGGCGGGGGCGGCGUGCGAGGGACAGGAGGAGGCGGCAGCGGAGGCAGUGGCAGGGGCGACGACCAGCGCAAGAUGGCGGACGUGACGAAGGACAAGGCCAUCAAGCUCACGGUCCGGGUACUCGUGCCCGUCCGUGACCACCCUAAGUUCAACUUCGUGGGCAAGCUCCUGGGCCCCAAAGGCAACUCCCUGAAGCGGCUGCAGGAGGAAACCAUGACCAAGAUGGCGAUCCUGGGCAGGGGCUCCAUGCGGGACAAACAGAAGGAGGAGGAGCUGCGCCAGUCCGGGGACCCCAAGUUCGGGCACCUGAGCGAGGACCUGCACGUGGAGGUGACGGCCGUGGCGCCCCCCGCAGAGGCACACGCCCGCAUCGCCUACGCCCUCACGGAGAUACGACGAUACCUGGUGCCCGACUACAACGACGAGAUCAGACAAGGACAGAUGAGGGAGAUGCAACUCCUCGUGGGCAGCACCACCACCUCCACCACCACCGGCAACACCACCACCACCGGCAACACCACCACCGCCACCACCACCACCGCCAACAACAACAACAACAACAAUAACACCACCACCAAUAACAACAACAACAACAACGGAAUAUGUGGAUCUGAAGAGGAGUCCUGCUCGCCCCACUCCAACGGCUCCCCCCCGCCCCCUCCCCCCGGUACUGGUGUUGGAGGUGGUGGUGGAGGUGGGGGUGGUGGUGGAGGCAGGAGUGGAGGUGGUGUGAGGGUGUCCAUUACCUCGCCGCAUCCCGCGCUAAGAGGCUUGAAUCGUGCCCAGGCUGCCCUCCUUACGACGGGCAAGGGCGAGCUGGUGAAGGCCCGGGGCAGCAGCGGGGGCAGUAGCAUCAGCAGUAGCAGCAGCAGCAGCAGCAGCCGGCGGUCCGUGCUGAGCCUGCUGACACGGGCACGAGCCAUACAGCAGAAGGAGGAGCUCAUGGAUGCAGCCUACCACGACCUGCCCGGGUAUGGCCUCUACGACCCCUUGGCGGACCUGCCCCUCUCCGACCAGGCCGACGACGUGACAGGUCGUGUGAGCGGGGGCGGCGCCCUCAAGAUGACGACCCCCGCCGACCGCGCCAGGUUCCGCCACGACCCCUACCUCAGGAUUCCCUCCUCCACCUAGACCUCCACCACCCCAAAACAACCCCCAACAUCCCCACCACAAAUCAACACCACCCCGGCAACACCAGCGCCGCCAACACCACCUGCAGCACCAGGCAGUCCUGAGGCAUUAUCACAGCUACCACCACCACCACCAGCACCACCACAGCCACUCCUAUACCAUCAAAAGGCUUUACUCUCUGGCUGACUGGCUGGCUGACUAAGUGGCUGCCUGGUUUUCUACUGGUCUCUCUAGUUGGCUGACUACAUAGUAGUGUGGCACGAUUAAGGGAAGGAAGGAAGGAAGAAGGAAGAGAGGCCAGAGGUCUACUACUACUACUACUACUACUACUACUACUACUACUACUACUACUACUACUAUUACUACUACUGCAGUACUACGACUGCUGCUGAAAUCCUAUUUUGUUGUUGGUGGUGGUGAUAGUCUCAAGUUAUGGUGGUGGUGGUGGCGGUGGUGAGGGUGGUGAUGAUGGUGGUUAUAAAGUGGUGAUGAUGGAGAUGAUGAUGAUGAUGAUGAUGAUGAUGAUGAUGAUGAAAGCGAUGCCAGUGAUCGUGAAGGUGAUAAAUAUGGGGAUGAUUAUGAUGGAGAUGAUAAUGACACAGAUAAUGAGAGCAAAAUGAUGAUGAUGAUAAAGAUGGUGAUAAUUUUUCCGGUGGUAUCUUUUUGAAACACUUAAUAACACAUAAUGAUAAUGAUAAUGAUAAUAAUAAGUAGUGUAUCGAUGUGCUGUAGUUUAUGUUGUGUUGUGUGAUAAUAAAAUAAAUAAAUGAAAAAAAAUAGAAGGAAGGGAGGGAGAAGGAAAGAGAAGACGAAGAAAGGAGGGAAUAAAGGAAAGGAAGAAGAGGUAUACAAAAAUAAAGAGAACAAAGAAAAAGGAGAAGAAGGAGAGGAAAGGGAGGAAGAAGAGGAGGAGAAGGAACAGAAAAAGAAUAUUGAUAAAGAGAAAACUAUGUAAGAAAAAAAAGGAAUGAAAAGAAAGAAGAAGAAAGAGAAAAAUGAAGGAGA